AUGGCGACUAACAUUAGCCGGUGGUCUAGGUUUGUGCCGUUUAGUUUGCGGACACAGGUGUCCGUUCCAGCAGACCAUUCGCGUUCCGAACCCGGCGCUAUCAGACAGUGUGCUCGAGAUAUUUCGAAUGAACAACAAAGUUGUCAUAAUCACCGUGGUACUGGCGGACUUGGGUACCAAGAUGCUCGUGGCCUGGUAGAAGCCGGCGUUAAUGUUGCUUUGUGGUACUAUGGGUCUUCUCAAGCCGAAAGCCUCGCCAAGUCACUUGAAAAGGACUUCAGAAUCAAAUCAAAAGCAUACAAGUGCUCUGUGCAAAGUUUCGACGAGGUCCAAGCGGCAACCAAUGCUGUGGUCCACGACUUUGGUCGACUAGAUGUAAUGAUCGCAAAUGCUGGUAUUCCAUCGAAGGCUGGUGGUCUAGAUGGCAAGCUGGAAGACUGGCAUAAAGUUGUGGACAUUGGCUUCAACGGAGCAUACUAUUGUGCUCGGGUUGCGGGUGAGAUCUUUCGGAAGCAGGACUCAGGUAACAUGACCUUUACGGCUUCCAUGUCUGGCCAUGCAGCAAAUGUACCCCAGCAGCAGGCUUGUUAUAACGCUGGCAAGGCAGGCGUCAUUCAUCUGGCAAAGUCACUGGCCGUGAAAUGGGCUGAUUUUGCUAGUGUCAACUGCGUCAGCCCCGGCUACGUCGACACACCCAUCAGUGGAGACUUUUCAUUCGAGAUGAAAGAGGCGUGGUAUAGUCUGACAUCUUUGAGACGAGAUGCAGAUCCUCGCGAGCUGAAGGCUGUCUAUUUGUAUCUCGCGAGCGAUGCCAGCACGUACACAACAGGGUCUGACAUUGUGGUGGAUGGUGGAUAUACUUGCCGGUAA